AUGGCGUUAGUGGAAAAACUGCAACGUCGAAUUAUUUCGAUAGGGCUCAUUCCGAAACUUAUUUCGAAGUUGACCCAAUUGUCAUUAUUGUGUUGUGUAUUUGGGGUCGGCUGGUUGUUAAUAUUGUUGCCAUCUGAUGGGCAAUUCAGGAGAACCUACAUAUCAGAGAAUGCAUUGUUGCCUUCUCAGGCCUACAGUUACUUUAGAGAGUCUGAAUGGAAUAUAUUGCGAGGAUAUAGGGCACAAUUGGACAUUUUCCAACACGUAUCUCAAAUUCCCGAUAUUAAUGCAGAGGUAGCGAAGUGGUUGCAAGAUUUUGGAGUGAAAACGUCUGUUUAUAAGGAUGAGAAUUAUGGUGAAACUUUGUAUGGAAUAUUUCAUGCGCCACGGGGUGAUGGUACCGAAGCGAUGGUUAUCGCUGCACCUUGGUACAACGAGGAUGGGAAAUUCAAUACUGGUGGUACUGCUUUAGCUAUCUCGCUAACAAGAUUCUUUUCCCGUUGGCCUGUGUGGUCCAAGAACAUUAUCAUUGUAUUGAGUAAGGAUCCUAAAGCAUCUUUACGUUCCUGGGUCACUGCAUAUCAUACUUCGUUGGAUCUUACUGGAGGUUCCAUUGAAUCAGCUAUAGUACUUGAUUACCCUGGUACCAACGAUAGAUUUGAUUACGUACAAAUACACUACGAUGGCCUUAACGGGGAGACGCCAAAUCUUGAUUUGGUCAACACUGCUGUUCAUAUUACAGAACAUGAAGGAAUGAAGGUCUCAAUUCAUGGGAUUCCUUUCGCUGAGCUCGAUGACAACGAUUAUAACUCAAGAUUAAAGACUAUGUUACUAGGCAUAAAAGAUUCUGUGUUGGCAGGUAUUAAAAAAUGUCAUGGAAACGAAGCUUUCAGUGGCUGGAGAAUCCAGGCUAUUACUUUAAAAGCAGUGGGUACUAAUGGACCUCAUGAUAUUACCACUUUCGGUCGUAUUCCGGAAGCAUUGACUAGAUCGGUAAACAACUUACUAGAAAAAUUCCAUCAAUCGUUCUUUUUUUACUUAUUGCUUGCUCCAAGAUACUUUGUAUCCAUUGGUACAUAUUUAGGAACUGCUGUGGUAGUGUCGGUUGCUUUCGUUUUGGCCUGCUUGGACCAAGUUCUAAACAAUAAAUUUAGUGGUCUUCCCCUACUCUCGGUAUACAAUAUUUGGUCAGCGUUGGCUUUUGGUAUAGCUCUCAUGGCCUCAUUUAUUACUUCACAAUUUUUUUUCUAUCUACCGCAAGCAGAAUUACUUCUUCUUGUAAACGUUGGCCUUGCUGCGCUCCCUUUGGCAUUACGCAAUCGCAUCAAAAUACAGGAACCCUUCUCUUACAGGUUCAAGGCAUUUGCAUAUAUGUACAUGGCAAUCGUCCUAACAUCACUCUUAGUGCUAAAUUACUCGCUUGCAAUGGUAAUGGGAGUUCUUGCUUUCCCAAUGACAAGAACUACAACGAUCCUCAAAUCAGAUAUCCGCUUAUCUCUUAGAAACUUUGUUCUUGUACUAAUAUCAAACCCAUUCAUAGCCACAUGGGCUGUCGUCAACCUCGUUGAACCAAGCCUAUCAGGAACCAAAGUAUUUUAUGCCCUCAUUGAUGCCUGGCAACAGUUAGGCUGUUGGACAUGGUAUAUAUUAUGUGUCGGUUGGUACCCUAGCUGGCUCUUAGUUACCUACGCUAACAUUGAGGCCAAUGAACUUCCAAUUGAAAAUGAAGUUAAAAAGGAUUGA